AUGGCUAAAAGGAGUGUUAUUUCCAUGGCUUUACCAUUCCUAAGCAUUCUCCUUUCCAUCUUCUUUGUUUCUAUAACUUGCAUUCAAGAAGAGCGAUCAAUAUUCUUGGUCCUGUUGGAAGGAGACGCAGUUGCUUUCCAUCAAGGUUCACGGGAUCAUCAUUCAUCAUCAAGAAUUGACCACAACAGUGAAGUCUCGAAGGCACAUGCAAAGCACUUAUUGUCAUCCCAUGAUCUACUUCUGCAAAAUACUUUGGAGAGUGGAAGCUACAAUAAACUCCACAGUUACAAACACCUCAUUAACGGGUUUUCUGUCCAUACAACCCCUUCACAGGCUACAAGACUGAGAGGUACCCAGGGAGUGAAGUUGGUAGAGAAAGAUAGAGGAGCGAAACUGAUGACAACAUACACUCCUCAGUUUAUAAAUUUACCGGAAGGAAUAUGGGCACAAGAAGGAGGAGCCCAAAACGCAGGUGAUGGAGUUGUUAUUGGUUUUGUGGACAGUGGCAUCAACCCUCUUCAUCCCAGCUUUGCUUAUGAUCCCAUGCACCCUUUCACAUCAAACCUCUCUCAUUUUGAGGGUGCAUGUGAGGCUGGUCCUUUGUUCCCAGCUAGUUCUUGCAAUGGAAAGAUUGUAUCAGCGAGGUACUUCUCUGCUGGGGCUGAAGCUGCUGCUACCCUUAAUGCUUCUGUGGAUUUUCUUUCACCGUUUGAUGCUGAGGGACACGGCAGUCAUGUGGCAUCUAUUGCUGCUGGCAAUGCUGGUGUUCCCGUUGUUGUGAACGAUUUUUUCUACGGGCGAGCUAGCGGAAUGGCACCACGUGCAAGGAUUGCUGUUUAUAAGGCUAUCUAUCCGUCCGUGGGAACUAUGGCAGAUGUUAUUGCAGCUAUCGAUCACGCUGUCCUGGAUGGUGUGGAUAUCUUGACACUUUCUAUUGGACCAAAUGAACCGGAAGAACACACCUUGACGUUCUUGAGCUUGUUUGAUAUUGCAUUGUUGUUUGCACGAAAAGCAGGAGUUUUUGUGGUGCAAGCUGCAGGGAACAAGGGUCCAGCACCUUCAAGUGUUGUGUCAUUCAGUCCCUGGAGUGUAGGUGUUGCUGCUUGCACCACAGACAGAAGGUACCCCGCUUCACUUCUUCUUGGAAAUGGGCAAAUACUUCAUGGCGUGGGACUAUCAGGACCAAGUUUUGGUAAUGGAUCAGUUUUGCAUAAGCUUGUGUUAGCUAAGGAUGCAGUAAAAAUAAAUGGAACAAGCCCAAGGACUAUGCAGUACAUAGAAGAGUGCCAACAUCCAGAAGCUUUGGACCCUAAUGUAGUGUUAGGAAGUAUCAUUAUCUGCACCUUCUCAGCGGGAUUUGUUAAUGGAACCUCAACCGUUGGUGCCAUUAUUGACACCUCAAAGGCUCUAGGAUUAGAGGGGUUUAUUCUAGUUGCCAACCCAACCUAUGGUGAUUAUAUUGGAGAGCCAAUCCCUUUUGCUGUUUCUGGUAUUUUGCUCCCUGCUGUAGCUGAUGCCAAGGUUAUAUUACAGUAUUAUGAAGAACAAACAAAGAGGGAUGAGAGAGGAACUGCUACAGAAUUUGGUGCUGUUGCAGCUGUUGGAGAAGGAAGAGUAUCCUCUUUUGUAGGGCGAUCUCCUGUAGUUAGUAGAUUUUCUUCAAGGGGUCCCGAUAUCAGUGACAUUAAAAAGAAUCCUGCUGAUGUGCUUAAACCUGAUAUUCUUGCUCCAGGGCACCAAAUAUGGGCAGCUUGGAGCCCCAUUAGUGCCUCAGAACCUAUGCUGAAAGGGCACAGUUUUGCAAUAUUAUCUGGUACCAGUAUGGCCACACCUCAUGUGGCUGGAAUAGCAGCACUUAUUAAGCAAUAUAAUCCAUUGUGGACUGCAUCUAUGAUAGCAUCUGCAAUCUCCACAACAAGCUCAAAGUAUGAUAAAUUUGGAGAGCAUAUACUGGCUGAAGGCUAUGAGUCCACCCGCUUGCUUCCCUCUAAUCCAUUUGAAUAUGGAGCAGGUUUUGUGAACCCCAACUCUGCCAUUGAUCCAGGUUUGGUACUAUCAUCAGAAUAUUUAGACUUCAUCAGCUUCUUGUGCUCUUUGCCAAACAUGGACGCUGAUGCAAUAAUUGCAGCUACUGGAGAACAGUGCAACCAUCCGUUUGCCUAUCCAUUCAGUCUCAACCUUGCUUCAGUAACAAUAUCUGCACUAAGAGGAUCAGUUUCUGUGCGAAGAACUGUCAUGAAUGUAGGGAACAACACAGAGACAUACUUGGCCUCAGUUCUACCCCCAAAUGGAACUAAAGUCGACCUUUAUCCGACUUCGUUUACCGUAAGUCCACUAGGAACACAAGAUCUGGAAAUACAAUUCACUGUCAUCGAACCAGUGGAAAAUUUUAGCUUUGGUGAAAUUGUUUUGACAGGAACUUUGAACCACAUUGUAAGAAUAACAUUAUCACUUUUGGCAGUUUCAGUUUAA